CUUAAAAGCCACUCAAACACCCCCAUGGUUUUAUCGCGAAGCGCAUGUGUCACGCUAGCCUCCGCUGUCACGUGACUCUGCUCUAGGACGUCUUUUGACACAAAUAUUGAACGAUGCGAUCAUUCGUCGAACUCGACAAUUGCGGGAACAGGAGCUGAUCUGUGUUGGACCAGAGAAUGUGGAAAGUUGUGUGGGCAACACUGCUGCUCCUGGCCACUGUGUGUGCCCAGAGAGGCUAUGCCAAGGAGACCAAGGGAGCGCCGAAGGUGGGGCACGUGUCAGUGGUCAUAGUGGGAGGUACGGGUGACUUGGCUAAGAAGUACCUGUGGCAGGGCUUCUUCCAUCUGUACGCUAACCAGGUGAGUAGCGGCUACAGCUUCUCCUUUUAUGGCGGAGGCCUGUUGCCCAAGGAUAAGGCCACGCCGUUCCUGUUUGAGGCGCUAAAGGGAGUGGUCUGCCCUCGGGAGCUGUCUGUGGAGCGCUGUGCCCUGGUGAAGGAGCAGUUUCUGAAGCUGGCAGAGUAUUGGCAGCUGAAGACUUCAGAGGACUACCAGGCCCUGGGCAAACACCUGACAGAGCAGCUGACGCAGGAGGGCAUAGUGGAGGCCGGCAGGCUGUUCUACCUGUCAGUGCCAGCCUUCGCUUAUGCGGACAUUGCAGAAAGGAUCAACAACAGCUGCAGACCGACCGACGGGGCGUGGUUGAGGGUGGUGCUGGAGAAGCCGUUUGGCCAUGAUUUCAGUAGUGCCCAACUACUGUCCACUCAACUGGGUACCUCCCUCAAGGAUGAGGAGAUGUACAGGAUCGACCACUAUUUAGGGAAGCAGGUUGUCUCUAAGAUUUUGCCAUUCAGAAGGGAGAACAGUAAGCACCUGGAUCCUAUCUGGAACAAGCACCACAUUGAGAGAGUGGAGAUUGUACUGAAGGAGACCCUGGAUGCCAGAGGUCGUAUUCCCUUCUAUGACCAGUACGGUGUGAUCAGAGACGUGAUACAGAACCACCUGACUGAGGUCAUGACCCUUCUGACCAUGGGGCUCCCAGCCAACUUGAGCGACGUGAAGGAGGUCCUCAGGAACAAGCUGAAGAUCUUCAGUGCCUUGCAGCACCUGGACAGGAACUGUGCUACCAUUGGUCAGUACCAGAACUACAAUCUAGAGGUACAGGAAGAACUGAACAAAACAAAGGAGUAUUACAGCCUCACCCCCACCUUUGCUGGUAUCAUGGUGCAUAUUGACAUAGCCCAGUAUGAGAAAAUGCCAAUCAUCCUGACCUCAGGGAAGAUGCUGGAUGAGCGCUUAGGCUAUGCUCGCAUUUUGUUCAAGAAUGACAUCUUCUGUGUCCAGAGCCAUAACAGCGUCCACUGCAAGCCCAAGCAGAUUGUGUUCUACUUUGGCCACGGCACUCUGCAGUACCCAGCCAUUCUCGUGAGUAAGAACCUGUUCAAGCCAGACCUGAUGGACACUGAGUGGAAGGAGAUAACGGAACACAAAGAUGUCAGUGUAUUAGGUAUGCCCAUCUCUGACUACUAUGUGCUGACACCAACGGUGCAGAGAGAAGCUUACGCAGAACUCAUUUCGCACAUCUUCCAAGGCCGGAAGGACAGCUUUAUCAGUACUGAGAACCUGCUGGCCUCCUGGGGUUUCUGGACUCCUCUCCUGCACGGUCUGGCCAAAACCUCCCCCCGCCUGUACCCUGGGGGAGCGGACAAUGGCAACAUGCUGGACUUCAAACUGUUGGGACGGGAGGUGAACUUCGCCAACGAGGCUGUUGUCAUGAUCCCCCAAGACCACAUGGGUGGGUCUGGUGCGGAGAGCUUCCAAGUGAUGCAGGGGAAGUACCGCAGUGCUGAAAUGGUGUCUGCCUGGCCCGAGGAGCUCAUCGUGCGGCUGGCCGCAGACCUGCAGGCUUCAGCGGAGAAAGCGGUAAGGGAGGGCGGCCGCUUCCACCUGGCCCUCUCCGGGGGCUCCAGUCCCCUAGCUCUGUUCCAGAGGCUGGCCCGCCACCACUACUCCUUCCCCUGGAGGGACACCCACGUGUGGAUGGUGGACGAGCGAUGCGUGCCUCUCACAGAGUUGGACUCCAACUUCCGCACCCUGCACGACCACCUGCUCCAACACGUGAAGAUGCCCUAUUUCAACAUCCACCCCAUGCCUGUGCAGAUGAACCAGCGGCUGUGUGUGGAGGAGGAUAGUGGAGCGCUGCUCUAUGAGAGCGAAAUCAACCAGCUGGUUAAUGCCUCCAGCUUCCACUUUGUCCUUCUAGGAGUGGGCUACGACGGACAUACCGCCUCCCUCUUCCCAGGCAGCAAGCUUGACGCCCAUGGGGACAGUCUGGUAGCCCUCACCGAGAGCCCAGCCAAGCCUCACCAGCGUAUGAGCCUCACCCUCAGGGCUAUCAACCAGGCCCAGAAAGUAGGUGUGCUGGUGAUGGGUAAGAGCAAACAUGAGCUGGUCACCCAGCUCAGCCGAGUUAAGGACAACCCAAACAAGUGGCCCAUCACUGGUAUCCGGCCGACCAGUGGCAGGCUAGUAUGGUACAUAGACUAUGAUGCUCUUUUAGGAUAGCAAACAGCUGCUUUUGGCUCUGUGAUACUGUAGCAAUGAAACAAUGUACAUUUAAUUGGAAAUUCAUGAUUUGCUGUAAUUUUACUAUUUUGCUGUAUUUUGACCAAGAAUGUAAAGUAAUGAUGAAGGUUCUGUUGAUUCUGGGCACCUUAAAGUAUGGAAGUACAUAUGGUAUACUGGCAUAUAUUUUAUUUUUCAAUAUACAGGAUGUAGGGGUGUGUGUGUGUGUGUGUGUGUGUGUAUUUACCAAAUGGACAUCUCAGGAAAGCCAAGUGGAUAUGGAAGUUUGUUCGUCUUUAAUCAUUACUCAUGAUCUGAAUAACUAUUAUAUUUAGUUGUAAAAACAGUAUACAUUUCACAUAAAGCUACCCAUUCCACACUGAACCAGCAUAGAAUAGUAUUGUUGAAAGGGGACUUUAAAACUGUGAAAGAACAACAAUUUUGGUUCAAAUUUCAUUCAAUCAAAUAUGCCCCUAUGGUAAAUGGAUUUGAACCUUUUGCUCCUAUGGUCAACAGAUAAUGUAGUCUAUAGCCAUGUAUCAUUGUAUUUGUGCCUCAAUGCCAAUUAGAAAUCAAAAUGCAUAGUGUACUGUCCAGUACAUUUUAAAUGACAUAAAAAAGCAUAUUAUGAUCCAUUGCUGCCUUUGUUUUAAUCUAUGCUUGUGGAUAAAAAAUAAAAUAAACUCAAUUAUCUCAUUUA